AUGGACAACAUUGCACGAAGAGCAUACACUGACGAUGCCGAACGAGCAGACGAUGGCAAGACCGACUUGGAGCCGACAAUGGAGAGCACCUUCAGCGUUGAAGUGCCCGUAAACACUUCAUUCAACGAACGAGUCCUCAACUUCAUCACCUCACCUCAGCCGACGCCAUCGGACUUGACAGACUCGUCCGAGGCAUCAGAGUUCGACUCGGACGACUAUGAAGCACUCGAUCGCUUUCAAAACCGCACGGUCUUCACCAUCGGCACCACCUCAAGCCAGCAAGUCUACCAAAAGGUCGUCCCAGCACUGGCCAGAGAACACCCCUUCGUGAUGCAUCUUGUCGUCACACUAACCCUGAUGCACGACCGCUUCCUCACAGACGUCAAGUUGGAGAAGUGCUCAACCCAGACCGAAUCAGAAGCGUACCACUGGUACCAAGGAACCGUGAUCUUCAACAAAAAGCUCCGCGAGAUCUACUCCCCCAUGACCUCCUCCGAAGCCGACGCAAUGUGGGCCGGCGCCCUCUCCCUCGGCUGCAUCGCCUUUUACUGCGUCGAAGGCGACCUCCCGCAAGACGUCUGGCCGCUCAAACCCGCCGGCCCGCUCGACUUGGAUUGGCUGAAGAUCUCUGACGGCAAGAAGGAGGUCUGGCGCGUCGCGAACCCGCUUCGCGCAGAUUCCUGCUUCGCGCCGCUGGCAGCCGAGCAGACGAGGUUGCUCGCCCCGAACCCGGACCCGCCGGAGCUGCCGGAGGGUUUCAAGGAGCUGUGGGACUAUCCGCUGUAUGAGAAACCGGCCGCGCUGGUGGGGCAGCUGAUGCAUAUCAAGUGUGAUCGCUCGACGGUAUUGUUGUUUUUGGGAAUGAUUUCGCGGAUGGAGCCGCAGUUUUUGGUAGCGCUGACGCAGCGGGAUCCCAAGGCGAUGUUGUUGUUGAGUGUAUGGUAUGCGAAGCUGUGUCCAUAUCGGUCGUGGUGGACGAUGAGGCGGGCGGUGUUGGAGUCGCAAGCGAUUUGUUUGUAUUUGGAGCAGAAUCAUCCUGAUUUGGUACACGGGGUGGGUAAGCACUUGUUUGCGUUUGUGAAGAGUGAGUCGGGGCUGGAUCGAGGAUGGGGCUGGCGGGACUUUGCGAGGGAAGCUGGAUUUGCUGGUGCUCUUGGCAAGGAAGGGUACUGUGAAUGGAGGGAGAGUCAUCCGAUCUUCGUUGGAGGUCAGCCAGGGCCUGUCGAGGUAUGA